ACCAGGAAGCAGAGGAGUGUCACAAGGCUGCAGACAUGAGUCUCCGCCAACCCACCUCUACGCUGGACAGGGCAGCCAAUAAGAAAAACGCCCACCUGUUCAGGCUCAGCAGUCUGACCAUCGGGGACUCAGAGCGCAAAUCCUCUGCUACCCAGCAGAGGGAGCUAACGGCUGACGUCCCUGCUGAGAGCACAGGUCCUGGUCUUGUCCAUAGAUGUGUGGUCGUGCAGAAGGACCAGCUCGGUUUUGGCUUCACAGUGUGUGGAGAGAGAGUCAAGCUAGUGCAAAAUGUCCGACCAGGUGGUGCAGCAGUCAAGGCCGGGGUCCAAGAAGGGGACCGAAUCAUAAAGGUGAAUGGCUCGCUGGUGUCCUCCAUGUCCCAUCAGGAGGUGGUAAAGCUCAUCAAAUCUGGAACCUACGUAGCUCUGACACUACAAGGACCUCCCCCGUCAGCUGCCUCCUUGCCCUUAGAGCCCCUCCCCACUGACCUCUCACCCAAUCAAAGGACAUCUCUGGGUGGGGAGGCUCCACCCCCUCCACCUCCACCCCUACCCUCUGGACUGAGCAGCAACCCUUCCCAAAGAAUCACUGGACCCAAACCACUACAGGACCCAGAAGUACAAAAACAUGCCACUCAGAUACUCAGGAAAAUGCUUGAGCAGGAAGAGGCUGAACUGCAGGACUUGAUGGAGGAGCGGUUGAGGAACCCAUCGCCAUCACUGGAGGAGCGAAUUGAAAGUGCCAAGAGGAGAGCUCAUCAAGUCAGGGUCAAGAUUCAGCAAGAUCUGGAGGGAACUCGAUCAGAAUCUGUCACAAGCUAUGUCAUAGCAGGAGAAGGUCGACUAUCAGUGGACUCAAGCGAAGGAGACAUGGAGGCAUUUGAGAGUCCCCACUCCUCUCCCUCAUCCUCCUUCAGGACCCCCCUACACCGACGGCAGAGCUCCGAUACACACACCCUCUCUGAUUCGGGCGGAAAGGCUCAGAUCAUCGGCCCUGAAGAAGAGGAUGAAGAUGACGGCUAUGCAUUUAAUGAGAUGGAUGGUCCAUUCCAGGACAUCGAAUUGUUGAAAUCACGACCAGCACACAUGACAGUGUUCAUGAGAUAUGUCUUCACCCAGCUUCUGGACCCUAACCCUCUGCUGUUUUACCUGUCAGUGGAGGCCUACUUGGGCUCCAGUCCUAAAGAUGCCCGCGCACUUGCACCUCAGAUCUGCUCUCAUUUCCUGGACCCAGAUGCCCCCUUGAAAAUCAAAGUACGAGAGGAGUAUCUCACAGAUAUCGAGAGUCGAUUACAUGCCCAGGAGGACAUCAGAGGACCUCUGUCUGAGCUGCAGCAGCAGGUGCUGCCAGACAUUCAGGACCAGAUACAGGACUACAGGAACAAGCAGAUGAUGGGUCUUGGCUCUCUGUUUGGAGAAGGAGACCUGCAGCACCUUGAUGGAGACCCCGUGAAAGAGAGACAGGUGGUGGACAGACAGGUUACUGCCCUAUGGGAGAUAUUAUCAAAGCACGAAGAGGACAGAAGUUCUCCUCUGGCAUCGGCGGUCCUCCUAUACCUGCGUCAUUCUGGUAUCAAGCUAAGAGACUCCAAGGUCUUUCCUGGUCUGAGCACAGAGAAGGAGAAGUGGCUCGCCUUCUUAAAGACGAAAAAGCUGAGUGGUAUCAAGAAAGAGAAAGAUGGAGAUGAUAAAAAGAGAAAUCCCAUCCUGAAGUACAUCGGCAAACCCCGGACCACAUCCCAGUCCACAUUCCAUGUCCCGUUGUCACCCACCGAAGUCCGUCCUGGCAGUGUGAGGAACAUCAUUCAGCAGUUUGAGAAUCACACAGAGACGACAGGAGAAGAGGGGGGUGAUGCUGCCGACCCCCAGAGGCUUUCCUCCAGCAGCCUCGGCGAAGACAGCAUGGACAGCCCUACGGUCUCAGUGCGUCUGGCACGCAGCGAGUCGUUGAAGGCUCAAGGAGAAGGGCGUCGGCGGGGUGUUGCCUCAGGAACAGAGUCUGUCCCCCGCUCUCGUAGUGAUGUGGACAUGGAGGACUGUGGGGAGGAGAGGGAGGGGCCGGGCCUCAGGCUGCUACAACACAGCGCCUCGUCAUCCGCGUCCAGCAGCUCUGCACGGUCCCUAGAGAACCCUACACCCCCAUACACCCCUCGGUCUAGACGCAGGAGUGUGGACUCACCAUUGGCCCUGCUUCCGGACGCUGCCGCGCUAGAAGAGGACGUGUGUGACGGUCAGAACUGGCAGGACACGGCGCCUCCUCAGCUCCUCGCCACGCUCAGCCCGAGGGAGGUGGACAGACAGGCCGUUAUAUAUGAGCUAUUCACCACUGAGGUGUCCCACCUGCGGACCCUGCGUGUCCUGGACAAGGUCUUUUUCCAGAAGAUGAGGUCUGUGCUGAACUCUGACGAGCUGGCCUGCAUCUUCCCCAACCUGCCCCAGGUCUACGACCUCCAUGCAAGUCUGUGUGAGGCGAUGAAGAAGCGAAAAGAAACUCCCAUCGUUCAGGACAUCGGCGACGUAAUGCUGGCCAGGUUUGAAGGUGCAGCUGGAGAUGAGUUUCAGGAACAGGCGUCUCAGCUGUGCAGUCAGCAGUCUCAGGCUCUGGAGCUCAUCAAGAACAAAAAACGUAAAGACCCUCGCUUCGCUCACAUCAUCCAGGAGUGCGAGGCGAGUCCUCACUGCCGGAGGCUGCAGCUUAAAGACCUGCUGGUGUCAGAGAUGCAGAGACUCACCAAGUACCCUCUGCUGCUGGAUAACAUCAUUAAACACACAGAGGCUGGUUCGUCGGACCUCCCCUCACUCCAGCGCGCCCAGGCUUGUUGCCGCGGGAUACUGCAGGCAGUGAACGAGGUCGUCAGGGAAACAGAACACCGUCAGCGUCUCAGCCAAUACCAACGCAGGCUGGAUGCUGCCCCUCAAUUCAAGAAUCUGGACCUGACCACAAAGAGGAUGAUUCAUGAAGGUCCUCUCACCUGGAAAGUGAGCAAAGAUAAGCAGAUAGAGAUCCAGGCUCUGCUGCUCUCAGAUUGCCUGGUGCUUCUUCAGAGGGGACCAGACGACCGGCUACAAUUGCGAUAUCCAUACCGUUGGCUGGGCGGAGGCGGAGGAGGCACUGGAGACAGCAAGACCUCCUUUAGCCCUCUGGUGAAGCUGGACUCACUGCUGGUCCGCUCAGUAGCUACAGACAACAAAGCCCUGUACGUCCUCAGCACCACAGAGAGGCAGAUCUACGAACUGGUGGCUGGGACGUUAUCAGAGAAAAACACCUGGAAAGAUUUACUUGAAAAGACCGUCGCAACGACUGGUGGCUCAUCACCCCUGAUCAAUCAUGGAUCCACGCCAAUACCUUCCCCCAGUAUCCGCAGCGUGUCCCCGGUCUCAACUGGCAGCAGUGUCUAUACAGACAACUCAAUGACAGAGCAGUUAGAUUCCAUGAAGACUCAUUCCUCCAGCAAUGACAUUGUGCUCUCUGACGACACACCUAUGGACCAAUCAGGAGCUUUCAUCUGUGGUGAAAGUCAAGCAGUUGGUGUGGCAGAGGCCGCUUUACAAGACGUUGAAACACUACGACGACUCAUAUUACGAGACCUGGAAGAGGACGGAUGGAGCCACGACUCAGAUGACACACCCACCAACGAGACGGCCAAUGAAGGGAACUCGUUCACUGACAGACGGCGGCCAGAGUCUUUGGAGACUGUCCUCGACUUCAGCACUAACGACUGGGAGCCUGAACCAGAAGCAGUUCCCCCCUCAGACACUGAACAACCAAGCAUUCAGGUCGUAAGGAAAGCUGUGGUUGUGGGUCCUCCUUCUUCUUCUGUCCCUGAUGACAUCACUGAUGAUGUCGCCUUCCUCUCCGACCAAUCAUCCAAGCUGAGAGGCGAGGCCACUACACAGGGGAACACUUUCUACUUAGUAAUGCCAACAGAGCAGGGAGAGAGCGUCACUGAUGACCUCAACGACCCUCCUACCCCCACCGCCAGUCACUUUCCUCAGCCUCUGGAGGAAGCGAUGACACCACAGAUGCAGCCGGAGGAGGAAACGCCAGCCUGUGGUCCAGAGCCCAACCAAUCAGAGGCAACGCAACUGGAACAGGAGGAGGAAACCAGCCAAUCGCAGGCUGGGCACCAGAAUCACAUGAUCAAAAACGUGGAUGAGAUUUUCCACACCAUUGAGGGGUUGAUGAACAAGUUGCGCCAGCUGAAGGAAAUAGAGAAGGCUCAUUACAAGCUUUUGAAAACCCUCACAGAGCCCUCUGACAGUCAGGAGUCAGGGGACCAACAGUGUCACUUGGCAACUGUCUCCAGGACGCCAUCUCUGGAUCGCGGCUCAGGAGACAGCAGAGAAGUAAAUCCAGCAGAACCGAAGAUUCAGUCAACUGGAUUCUGACGUCGCUCUAGAGUGGAUUUACUUGCAGUCAUUCACUCUUGACUGACGGCAUACAUACACACCCCUAUGUACCCACUGUCAGACUCGGGCACCCUAGCCCCGCCUCCCCCUUGCCCCUCAUCCCUGCAUGCACCAACCACUGGAGCAGAACCUAAGAAGGACGGUAGCCGUUUUUGUUUUCGUGGUUCCCCGGGAUACCAAGGAGCUGGUCGGAGUCAUCGGGAUUUCUGAGGUCAACGCAGUCUCCGACUUCUACCAGAGCAUGAGGGAGUCCAGGGCAAGUGAGGGAAAAAAAGUAUGAAGGAACACAAAGGCAGAAGACAAGUUGACUGGUGGAGAGAAAAGGAAAAGUUGGAAGAACCGAAAGUUGUAAAAAAUGACCAAGUUGGAUAUUUGUGAAGGAAAAUGAGUUGUAUGUCUUGCUUUUAAGAGCUGGUUGAAGGAACGGAGCAGAAAAGUGUUUUAAUGUUAAUUUAAGGAAAAAUCCAAGGGACCCAGCACUUUACCCACAAUGCAUCCCCCUGUCAUGUACAUCCUCUACUGUGGACAGAUCAGGGACUGGACAUGCCUUGGGCUUCAUUUAGGGGCCGACACUUGAGCCAAGAUGGCCUCCGGGGGUCCCCUUCCCCCCUCCACUGGUUGCUUUACACUGAGUUCACCUGCCACUAUAGUAGAAGGACUGUGUCUAUAUAAUUCAGGUUAUUUGCACUGGGUGAGGAAACCAAUAUCGCAUACAUACGAGCAUUGUUUAAGCGUUUUUAUUCAUCUCAGACAUUCAUAAACGAUAGAAUUAUUAUCUAUGGGAACAGUUGCAGCCAUGAUGUCAUAUCCCCAAGCCUUCUUUUAAGCUACAAGAUGGCUGUCCAUCAGUGCAACAUAUUGAUCAUUACAUGGUUCGUAUUGCUUGUUCAUUUUUGAGUUCUGGAAAACACUACUGCACUGUUUACUACUGAAAUGCUGGCAGGUUUUAUUUUUUAGCGCUGCUUCAGAGGCGUACAGGGAUCUCAGCGAUUCACACAACAAGCUCAGCGGAUUCACACAGCUGUUCUGAUCAUGUAAAGUCUUUUAGGUUAAAAGUUUGGGAGAUUUAGGAUGUUUUCUGAGCUAGGUUUAAGACAGGCGAGGUCGACGAGGAGUGUGAGGAGACAGGGCAAACACAUAUUCAAACUUAGACACUUGAAUUUUCAGUGAAAACUUGUUUGUUACUCAAUCAAAUCGCUGCCAAAAAUAUUGCCGCGGACAUUGCCUGCCUACACUUUUAAGAUUUGACUGCGCAUCCUUUAGCCCUCCGCAGUGUAUUGUGUGUAAAUACCACAGUAACUACUGUGAACCAGCAUCUUCUCGCAUCCAAUGCUCAUGCCAUAUAGUGUUUAUAUGCGCCAAGCCCACGUCAAAAGCCACGAAAGGACUCUUUACCAAGUGGCUUUCCAAUGAGAGACCCCCCCGAACGUAACAAUUUAUAUUUAUUUGGAGAUGAGAUAAAAACAUUGUAAAAAUUAGAUUUUACAUAUUCAAGGACAACGCGUAGUUAGAUGAAGCAAAAAAUCAUUUAAAGAAAUUGCUCAACAUUUUGGGAAUUAAGUUUAUUUGCUUUCCUGCCGAGAAUUAUGUAGGAAGAUUGAUACCAGUCUCACAUCUGUACUGCCAGCAUCCGGUUAACUUAGCUUACCAUAAACACUGGAGCUAGGGGGAAUCCACUAGCUUAACACUGAAGCUCACUAAAUAACACGUUACAGCUUGUUUUAACACUUCCUGUUUUUUUGGGGUUUUUUUUUAGUACGGAUUAGACAAGAUGGAACAUGUUUAUUAGUGAGCUUUACAUGUGCUGGUAGAUGGACUUUGUUACUUUGAACAGAGCCAGCUGUCCCCCCCCCCCCGUUUCCAGUCUUUACGCAAAGCUAAGCUAACCAGCUGUUGGCUCCCAGCUCUGUACCUAGAGACACACAGACGCGAGAGUGGUAUCGAUCAUCUCAUAUAGGUCUUGGCAUGACAGGGACUAAGCAUAUUUUCCAAAAUGUCAGACAAUUCCUUCAGCUAUUUUUAGAUCAUUUGAGGGGGAAAUUUAUUGUCCUUGACGUUCAGAAAUGUUUUGUCUACACCUUGGUUGAGGCAUCUGUAACCAGCAAAGACUGACACUUCAGCCAAGUGAUUAUCUCUCUCCUCCCCCCUUUUUUUUUUUUUUCUCAAAAGUCCAGCUCUAUGGAUCUAAUGCUACUACACACUAGACAGAAAAUACGUAUUUAAACUGCUACAAGGAAAGAACUUCUUAAUGAGAAGUUCUGUACCAGUAUAAAUGUAUUCUUCUAUUUGUUUUUAGCCUCUUUCUUUCGCUAAUCAAGCUGGGCCGAAUCACACUGGACUGAAUUUUGUUUUUAGCUGGUUUCGAAUGCUAGCUGAAAAGCGCUUCAGUGAGUCCCCCCAGCCUCUUUGCCAGCUCCAGACCUGACAAUACACUACCAGACUGAACCAAACCAACAGCCAAUUGCAUUUUACACUCUAUCAGCCACUGAAUCUGCCAUUAAAAUAAUGUUGUUUCACUGCCUGGUGGAAGGUUUUCACUCUUUAGCCAACACACCCCGAAGGACGAGGAGUUCUUGAAGAGCAGGUGUGAUUUGUUUGUCACAUGUGUACAACUUUAAAAAGAAAAAAGAAUUGCAACUGAUAACGAGAGCAGGGCUACUCAUUGCCGGGACGGCCGAUUUUCACAUCUGACCCUUUAUGAACUCUCAGAAGAAUUUGUGCUAAAAUGUAAAAAUGUUCUACCAAAGUGAAAUAUUCCUUCAGAGAUGUUGAAGGGAACAGUUUGGUUUUUUUUUUUUCCUUCACAUUUUGGCUGCUGUUUUUCAAGCAUCUCAGACCAGGAAACUGCAGUUUUGUUAAUGAAAAGAAAAAAAUUAGAUCUUUAAUAUUAACAUUUUUCCAUGUCGAGCUAUGGACACACAGUCUUCACAUGCAAUGCAAAUUUUUGACCAUAGUUUCACACAAAAAAAAUGAAGAGUGUUGGAUUAUCACUUGGUCUGAGCUGGUUGAAUCAAAAUCAGGAUCUCUUCCUCUUCUCUCAAAAUCUUUCUGUGCAUCUCCUCUUCUUUCCACUCACCUCUAACUACAGCAUUUUUCAGCUCCAAUUUCUACCUCUACACUUCUUUGUAUCUGCAAUUAUUUCCUUUCUUUUUUUUUUUUUUCCUUUUUUUUCCUCCCAUGUAUUUAUCUUAUACAUUCACAUCAGCGUCGUGGCCCUAACCGGCUGUAAAGAAGCUAUAACUGAUUCCUUUUUUUUUUUGAAAAAAAAACAAAAAAAACAAAAAAAAACAAAAAAACAAAA